AUGGCCAAGGUCGGAAUCCCCAAGGACGUUGCCGCUGUGGCUGCCCCGGAGGUUGGCGGCGUCCGUCUCUUCGGCAAGUGGGACGCCCAGGAGGUCGAGGUCAAGGACAUCUCCCUGACCGACUACAUCGCCCUCCGAAACGCCGUCUACACGCCCCACACGGCCGGCCGCUACGCCAACAAGGCCUUCAAGAAGGCGCAGAUGCCCAUCGUCGAGCGCCUCGUCAACUCGCUCAUGAUGCACGGCCGCAACAACGGCAAGAAGCUCAUGGCCGUCCGCAUCGUCGCCCACGCCUUUGAGAUCAUCCACCUCCUCACCGACGCCAACCCGAUCCAGAUCCUGGUCGACGCCAUCAUCAACACCGGCCCGCGCGAGGACUCGACCCGCAUCGGCUCUGCCGGCACCGUCCGACGACAGGCCGUCGACGUCUCGCCUCUGCGUCGUGUCAACCAGGCCAUCAGCCUCCUCACCACGGGUACCCGCGAGUCGGCCUUCCGCAACGUCAAGUCGAUUUCCGAGUGCCUUGCAGAUGAGCUCAUCAAUGCCGCCAAGGGAUCGUCGAACUCGUACGCCAUCAAGAAGCGCGACGAGAUGGAGCGAGUCGCCCGCUCCAACCGCUAA